ACGUCAAACGGGUUCUGAGAUGGACGGAUCUUGUCCUAUGUAGCCAUCUCAGUAAGUUGCAAUAACGCCAUACAAGCUUGUUUCUCACAUCUCAUAUGUUUAUCGCUGUAAGACAAUUUGAUACACUGUCUUGGAGUAACCAGGCUCUGUCACUGAAAUGUUUGAUCAAGGCUCAAGGCGCAAGGCUCGAUAAUUUUUUCCAGGCGCCGUCUCAGGGUUUCAGGACUGUGCUCCUAUUGUUAUCAUUCAACGACACUGUGAACGACUAGUGAGUUAUGCCAGACAUUUUAAAAACAGAUUAAUCCAGAAUGACACAAGCAUAGCUGUGAAAGGGUAAUGUUACAAUUCGAGAUUGCUGUGAUUCUAAUGUUGUGAGCAUUGCAAAAGUAUUGUGACGUACACCAGCCUGAUAACAGACAUGAAAGACUGUUGGGACUACCACACAGGUAUUGCGAAAAAUGUCAAGUUGCACUCCAUGCAAUAAUGUGGUGACGAAACACAAGAGACAAAGUACUGACAACGAGUUACUUUCAAUCCACACAGAGCGGGCUAUAUAUUUAAAGAAGUCACAAGAAAGGAAUAAGACACGCGACGAACUUCGUAAAAGACUGUCAGCGUUACGCAACAGUGGUGGUGGUGUUUUGUUGAUUCAUGUAAACGGAACAAGAGCUGGGGACAGAUGUCUGAAGUAUUUUGACGAGUUUGUCGGCAAUAUAGUUACCCACUUGCUGGAACCCGGAGAAGUCUACGCCAACACCUACAGACGUCAGUGGUUACAGGAUAUGUUGGAGGAUUGUGCAGAGAGUGCUGGAUUUAUUCAUAUACGCGUUGCAGCUGUAAAAGGUGUAGCUACUGUAGAUUUCAAUACAAAGCUUGGCAAGGAUUAUGAGAAUGUAAUUCCCACAACACAACAACUACUCACUGUACGAUCACAUAUUCUCAAAGCUACUGACCCUGUACUUAGAAAUCUACCACCUGACAAUCAACAGUUACAUGAAGAUAUUCACAUUCAGUUAAAAGGCUUUCCACCACAACAUACCCUAACUGAAGCAAUACAAAAAGAUGCAACCGACUUUGUGGAGUACCUGUGGAAUAAGCUUAAAUUAAAGGAUAGCAUAACUUCUAUGUCAAAGAUUCCUGAAGGUGGAUCCUUCUAUUUUGGAAUAGGUGAGAAGAGUACAGCUAAGACUGACACAUAUGAAACAAUUAUUCCAGAUGUACAUGGAUUUGAGUUAAAAGUGGGUGAGGGAGAGUUAAAGAAAACACUCAAGUCAAAGCUACGUGACUGUGUACUGUGGGGUCGAAGUGAGAACACUUUCACUGCUGUCCCUUCUGAUCUGAUUGCUAUUGCAUUUCACACAAAUCCACCUCAUCCUCAGAGAUGUGUCCUAGAGGUGGCUGUGAAGUGUGUUGAAGGUGUUGUGUUCUGUGACAGCCAUGGACCUAGAACAUACGUGAUAGAAAAAGGACAAAUUUGUAGAAUGGAAAAAGGUAUGUGGUUAGAAAGAAUAAUGUAAACCUGUACAAUUCUUACAUGCUAACUCUGUUUUGAAAUCACCUUAUGCAGUUUGUUCCCAACAUGUCCGGAGAGAACAGUGAGUCCAAGGCUUCUUCAGGGGACAUUCAUCAUUCAGAGGGUACAUCAGGGGAUAAUCAUGAAGUCCAGAUGGCUUAUGAUGAAGCAACUGAUGACGGCAGUUCUCUUGGAUCGAGUCCAUACCAGUCUGAUGAAGAAAUCAUCAUGAGUCUGUUUGCCCAAGGAAAUGACUCCACGUCAAGUUCUGACGACCUGGAGCCACUUCAUGCAGAUUUUCCCUCGGUGGGAAUUAGCAAAGACGAACGAAACUUAAUACUUGAUAAGACAGACCUCAAGAGGGCGACAGAUCCUGGUCACAGAAUAUUUCCCCAGUCUACUAAGAAUUAUUUGGAGCUUAGUUUGCAGAACCCCGGUGACAAAGUGGAUGUGAUUUCAAGAGAAAUCCAGAAUGUUCUACACCAACAUGUUGGUUGGGCCUACAUUGCACAUCAGAUGGCUCAUACUGGCAGGUUUCAAUGUCGCAAACCACCUACCAUGUCCAUCUGUGAUGUGGCUAUCAUUAGAGCCACACAGCCACUGCACAUCCUGACAUUUGUAGAGGACGGAGGCAAACAGGAGCAUGCAGUGGAGUACAAUGCCCAGCUGACGAGAAGCAUCAUGGGUUUCAUCAAGGGGGAGACAGGUGUGUCACUUGAUGUCGUAUAUGGAGUUGUACCUGCGUCCACGUGGAAGGAUGAGAAGAAGUUCAAGGAGAAGCUAGAGUGCUUAGAAACUGUAGCCAGACGGAAGGCCUUACCGGGAUACCUCCAUAUGGAUACCGAGAGAUACACAGUCAUAACCAAGGCACUGGUUGACCUUUAUAGUGAACCAGGGGUGAAGGACCAGCUUGAGAGCGAGAUAAUUAUUGAAUCCCUUGAACGUGACGGAAAAGCUCUACUUUUGAAAAGAUUUCUAAACCAAAGUGAAACAGAUUCUGGCUUCGGCCGUGAUAACAAGCAAGAAUGGGAGACAGAGACACAAGACGCAGAAGAUUCAGUUGCUGAGGAUGAGCAAUAUGGAUGGGGGCCUGCGGGGGACCUUAUCUGGACGCGUGAGGAAUACCAAAGGUUGCAAAAGGAUUUUUUGGAGCCGCGGUAUAACAGUGCAGGCAAGCUAUUGCAGCUGAAGAUCCUGCUGUUUGGACCAACUGGCAUGGGUAAAUCAUCUCUUGGUAAUGGGUUUAGGACAGCACUCCUCAACAUGGAGCAUCCUUCAAAUUACCAUGCUGUGACAUCUGGUCCAGAAUCUCUUACCACUGGUUUCCAAGGAGCUCUAUACAAGAAUCAUUGGAUAUAUGACAUGCCUGGUAUAUUCGAGUCACGCAGCAUCUUAUCCUCACACAUCAUCAGUAUUUUGUCAGGGGAAGUUCCAUUGCAAGCCAAGAUUGGGAAGGAUCUUGGAAUAACGCACCAAACCUUCAACACGCCCCACGACCACCACGUCUCCUGUGUGGUUGUAGUUCUGCGACAUGAACAUGGGGACUUUGGAAUGGAAAUCCAGAGACAGCUAGAGUGCGUCCGAACAACUGUCGCAAAUGGAGACACAUCCAUCCACCUGGUCCUCACCCACCUUGAUGAGUGUGACCACCAGUUCCGUGACAGAGCCAAUCUGCCCAACCUGUACCAGUCGAGUAAAGUACAGGAAGCUGUCAGAUUGAUGUCAAAUAAGACUGGCGUACUCCCCUCGUCUAUCAGUUUCGUCAGGAACUACGUUCAGGAUACAGACGCGGAUGUGAUCUCUAAACUCCAGCAUCUCAGGGUUCUUCAGAGAAUCCUGUCCAGCUGCGUGGACCAAGAAGAGAAGAAACUCCAUCAAGAGCAGCAAGAAAGAAUGUACAGUGUAAUCAGCAAACAUGAUCAGAACAGACGUACUCUCGGUCCUCCUACCUAUGGGAGUGUUAAAGCAAUGUUGGCCGUGUUACUUAUGGCCUUAAUGGUUGCAGUCAUGAUCAAACUUUGCAACCUUCCUCCUCUUGCAUAGACAUACUGAAAUGUUGUAUACAUACUGAUUAUCUUUCAAGGUGUUGUUGUUGUUGUUGUUACCUAACGCUGUAUGACGAUGAUCUUACAGUGUACGUAAGGCAAAACGUUGAAAACAUACAUGUAUUGAUGGAUAUUAAUGCUUACGUAGCGUCAUUCUUUCUUCAGUGUCAUCACAAACUGUUCCACCGUUAUCUUUUCGAUUUGAUUGUUACAAAAUGUGUAUUUCAUAUACAAUUAGUAGUUACUCCGUCCUUAUUGAAAUUGGUGCAUAUAUAUUUAAACGGUUGGUUUAACUCUUUUCACAUUUAGAAAAUUACAAUUUCCUUAUUGUGAAAGUGAUGAUGGCAUAAGUUGAAUCUAAUAUUUCCAGUAGGGAGACUGUUUGUGUUUAUUUACUCGGUUUUCUUUACUCUCAACUAUGAGACAAUAUGCUAGAGCUGAUGCCCUAUAGUUUUUUAUCCACAUAUUAACGAUUCACACCUAAUCAAUUGGAACGGUAGUGCUUUGGUAAUUAGGCGGUGGGGUAGCCUAGUAAUUAAAGCGCUCACAAGAAACACCAAAAACCAAGGUUCAAUUCCCCACAUGGGUACAAUCGGUGAAGCCCAUUUCUGGUGUCCCCCGAUGUGAUAUUGCUGGAAUCUUUGGUAAAAGCUGCAUAAUUCCAUACUCACUCACUCACCCCUUGAUACCUGUGUUAGAAUCUACACCCCAGAAAGUCACUACGGAUGUAUUCAGGAAGUUGUUCCAUACAGUAUGUCACCUCAACACGUGCCCGUUUGAACGAACGGCUCCUGCUAAGUUCAUGUUAUUAGGCCUCACAAGUGAUUAUCAAUAUGUUACUAGAGACUUCCAGUUAGAUUGUUAUAUUUGAGAAUGGGAUUAUUUUUGUAUGUCUCAAAGUAUGUGCAGGUUAUCUCACCUCAUGAGAAAGUAAUCCUUUUCAAUUGCUUUUGAACACAUACAUUUAAUAUAUGUCAAACUCCUUGCCAGGACAUGGAGGAAUGAAACUGAGACAGACUGACAAAAGUACUAGAGACUACAUUGAAAAUGCUUUACACAAUGCUGUUGUCUCCACAUGUUCCCAGUGAAACACAAACUAAAAGCCUAUCUGGCUCUGGCUGUCUAGUAAUAUUUUCCACACUGAUGUAUCGGCUUUGAUUGUCUGCGUUUUUUGUCACAUUUAUGCAUGAUCGUUCUGACGACACCAUGCAGAGCAUCAUCACAAUGGCGAGGCCAUACAGAAUAGUAUCAAAGGAAAAUAAUAUAUAUAACAAUAUUUGGGUUCUCGCUUCAAGAAGUGAAAUAGAUUUGUGUUAUCCCAUCAAAUCCAUUGUCAUAUGUUUGGCUUACUCGCUGUGCAAGGAAAAUAAAGUAAACUAACAUUAAUGAGAAAAGGAAAA